AUGACUUUCUUCGACCCGGAGACAGAAGAGCUUGAUAUUCCAGUGAUCAAAAAGCACGCAGAGAGGUUAGCCAAGGCUGGUCUUGCUGGUCUCGUGACCAUGGGAUCCAACGGAGAGGCUGCCCACUGCACCCGUGAGGAGAAGUUGGCUGUAACAAAAGCUACCAGAGAGGCGCUCGACGCCGCUGGUUUUACACAAACACCCAUCAUUGUUGGUGCAACGGAAGGCAGCGUAAAAGGCACAAUCGAGCUGUGCAAGGAGGCCGAAAAGGUCGGCGGUGACUACGUGCUGCUGCUUCCCCCUAGUUACUUCCGCGCCCAUACAGACGAGGAGGUCGUUGAGAGCUACUUCAAAGCCGUAGCUGACCAGAGCCCCCUCCCUCUCAUCCUAUACAACUACCCUGGUGCCGUUGCAGGUAUCGACAUGGACUCAGAUCUCCUGAUUCGCCUGGCUGAGCACCCCAACAUCGUCGGAACCAAGUUCACCUGUGGCAACACUGGAAAGCUCACCAGGGUGGCUUUGGCCACCAACGCCAAGACCCCAUUCCAAGAGGGCAGUGGCUACAUGGCCUUCGGCGGCGUAUGCGACUUCACCUUGCAAACUCUCGUCUCCGGUGGCAGCGGUAUCAUCGCCGGCGGCGCCAACGUCAUGCCCAAGGUAUGUGUCAAGGUGUGGAACCUCUACUCCGAGGGCAAAACCCAGGAGGCCAUCGAGCUCCAGAAGGUCCUGUCCAAGGGUGACUGGCCCCUUACCAAGGCCGCCAUUGCCGGCACGAAGCAGGCUAUUCAGAGCUACUAUGGCUACGGCGGCUACCCCCGCAGGCCGCUCAAGCGUCUCGAAAAGGCCAGAGUCCAAGCAAUUGCCGAUGCUAUCACAGAGGUUAUGGAGGUCGAGAAAUCUUUGUAA